GCCGCGCAUGCGCAGCGGCGGGGAGACUCGGUGCUGCUGUCGGCGAUUGAAGCGGUCGGUCUCUGGCGGCUGCCGCAGGGAGGGGGCUGAGGCGGCUGCGGACCGGGGGCGCCCUCCUCCCGGCCGGGGGAGCGGCACGCGGAGCAGCAGAGCAGUGACCUAAGACUUUUUGGAGGGCAGCACGCCUAGAGAUACACGCCGCCCUUCAUCACGCACACUCCUCCAGCACCAUGUCAGGAAACCACACCCCCUCUUCUGGGGGCCCCUUCUCAGCUCUCACCCCCAGCAUCUGGCCACAGGAGAUCCUGGCAAAGUACACCCAGAAAGAAGAGUUGGUGGAGCAGCCGGAAUCCCGGUACGAUGAAUUCGGCUUCCGUGUGGAUAAGGAAGAUGGCACUGAGCCGAACUCCAGCAAGCUGCUGGGGAUUCCGCUGACGGAGGAGCCACAGCAGAGGCUGAAGUGGCAGGCCCACCUGGAAUUCACGCACAACCACGACGUGGGGGACCUCACCUGGGACAAAAUCGAGGUCACGCUGCCGGGUUCGGACAAGCUGCGCUCACUGGUGCUGGCUGGCAUCCCACACAGCAUGAGGCCUCAGCUGUGGAUGCGUCUCUCUGGGGCCUUGCAGAAGAAGAGGAAUUCGGAGAUGUCCUACCGAGACAUUGUGAAAAACAGCUCCAAUGACGAAACUAUCUCUGCCAAACAGAUCGAGAAGGACCUGCUCCGCACCAUGCCCAGCAACGCCUGCUUCUCCAACAUGAACAGCAUCGGGGUGCCACGACUGCGCAGGAUACUCCGGGGACUAGCCUGGCUUUACCCAGAGAUCGGAUACUGCCAAGGCACCGGCAUGGUGGCGGCUUCCCUGCUGCUCUUCUUGGAGGAGGAAGAUGCCUUCUGGAUGAUGUGCGCCAUCAUCGAGGACCUGGUACCUGCCUCCUACUUCAGCACCACGCUGAUGGGAGUGCAGACCGACCAGCGCGUCCUACGCCACCUCAUCGUGCAGUACCUGCCACGGCUGGACAAGCUCCUUCAAGAGCAUGAUAUUGAGCUGUCCUUGAUCACCCUGCACUGGUUCCUCACGUGCUUCGCUAGCGUUGUGCAUAUCAAACUGCUGCUGCGCAUCUGGGACCUCUUCUUCUACCAGGGUUCGCUGGUGCUCUUCCAGGUCACACUGGGCAUGCUCAGUAUGAAGGAAGAUGAGCUAAUCCAGUCGGAGAAUUCUGCCUCCAUCUUCAACACACUCUCGGACAUCCCGUCUCAGAUCGAGGAUGCGGAGGUGCUGCUGCGGGAGGCCAUGCGCGUCGCUGGCUCACUGACAGACAUGGCAGUGGAGACCCAGCGCCGCAAGCACCUGGCUUACCUCAUCGCUGACCAAGGGCAGCUGCUCAACCCCAGCGCCGCUGUCAAUAAUCUAUCCAAGAUUGUGCGGCGCAGGACCCAGCGCAGGAAAUCUGGCAUCACCUCGUUGCUUUUCGGUGAGGAUGAUUUGGAGGCACUGAAGGCCAAGAACAUCAAACAGACUGAGCUGGUGGCCGACCUUCGUGAGGCGAUCCUGCAGGUGGCACGGCACUUCCAGUGCGUGGAUCCAAAGAACUGCAGCAUUGACCUGACUCCAGAUUACACCAUGGAGAGCCACCAGCAGGACCACGAAAACUACGUGGCAUGUUCCCAGAACCGCCGGCGCCGAGCCAAGGCACUGCUGGACUUCGAGCGCCAUGACGAUGACGAACUGGGCUUCCGCAAGAACGACAUCAUCACAAUCAUAUCCCAAAAGGACGAGCACUGUUGGGUGGGGGAGCUGAAUGGACUGAGAGGUUGGUUUCCUGCAAAAUUUGUGGAGGUCUUGGAUGAACGGAGCAAAGAGUACUCCAUUGCUGGCGACGACUCGGUCACAGAGGGGGUGACAGACUUGGUCCGAGGCACGCUCUGUCCAGCACUGAAGUCUAUAUUUGAGCAUGGGUUAAAGAAGCCGUCCCUGCUGGGGGGGCCCUGCCACCCCUGGCUGUUUAUCGAAGAGGCCGCUGGACGGGAGGUGGAACGAGACUUCGACUCGGUGUACUCCCGCCUCGUGCUCUGUAAGACUUACAGGCUGGAUGAAGAUGGAAAAGUUCUGACUCCAGAGGAGCUGCUUUACCGGGCAGUGCAGUCUGUGAACAUGACGCAUGACACUGCACAUGCUCAGAUGGACGUGAAGCUUCGCUCCCUCAUCUGCGUUGGACUCAAUGAGCAGGUCCUGCACCUGUGGCUGGAGGUGCUGUGCUCAAGCCUGCAGACAGUGGAGAAAUGGUUCCAUCCCUGGUCCUUCCUGCGCAGUCCUGGCUGGGUGCAGAUCAAGUGUGAGCUCAGGGUCCUCUCCAGAUUUGCAUUCAGUCUCUCUCAGGACUGGGAACUUCCUAUUAAGAGAGAGGAGAAGGAGAAGAAGCCGCUGAAGGAAGGCGUGCAGGACAUGCUGGUGAAGCACCAUCUCUUCAGCUGGGACAUAGAUGGCUGACCCCGCCCACUGCGGACCUUCUAGACUGCCACACUCAACACACACUCUCCUCCCUCCCCCACCCGUGGCUGCUCUCAGCCCAGCUGAAGCGACAGCCUCUCCAGCUCGGCCGGGCACUGCACCCCAGGCACUGGGUGGCUGGAGGGCUGUGUGUGGUCUUGCAGGCAGAAAUCCUUCCCCCAGCCUGUGCAGCAUACCCUGCACCAGCUGCCCAGCUCUCAGUCCCAUGUGUUCCCUUGCCCCCAGCUGUAAGUCCUGCUCGGGUGGGGGGAACUCCACCAGCCAGAUUUCUAGCUUCCCUUUUGGCCCACCCCGCUGCUCCUCUGGGAGAGGGUUCUUAAUCUGCCUACUAUCCUAGGGGUAGUGAGCAGAUCUGUGUGUCUGUCCAAUGUUUCCAAGUGCCGUUGGAGCCCAGAAUGUGAGGGCAGCAGGUGAAGAGGCAGCUCCCCCUGCCUGUUUAGUAACUCCAGAGUCCAUUGAGGGGGGGAGGCUGAGGAAUGCACAGAACCACCUGAACUUCCCUGUCUCUUGUGCUUUGGGAGCCUCCCUCCAUGAAAGAUGUUUUGUCUUGUUGCUCUAGCAGUGUAAUGGACGGAUGAGGGUGCCGACAAGAUGUGCCUAAGGGAGCAGCCAGUUACCAACUAGAACUGCCUUAGGGGAUGAGGCUUUUUCUCAAAAGUGUGGAGGCAAGCCCCAGUUCUCCCCUAGCCAGAGGGAGUAUCAUGCUGUCGUUUUAGCCUCUAGCUGUCUUGUUUUAAAUUAACCAAAAAGAUGUAAAUGAUCUCUAGACAUAUCUGUAUAUUUUGGCAUCAUCUUAGCUCAGGAAGUGGGUUCAGGCCUGAGCUGGCUCAGGGAGACUAACUCAGCCCCUACCCUGUGGGAAGAGGCUGAGGACUAUAAGCUAGGAGUGGACCAACACUACUGCUGUAGGGUGAAAGCACUUGUUUGUGAGCACAAACUACUCAUGAAAUAACACUAGAUUCUUACUUUCCUUUAGUCUUUGGGGUUGUAAAUAAAGUGCAUCAUGGGA